UCAUCCUCCUCCUCCUCCUCCUCCUCCUCCCUUCUCCCUCCUUCUCUCUCUCUGUCUCUGUGAUGCCGGGCUGUGGGUGAGUGUAUGCCCGUGACCAGACUGAAGCUGGGGAAGCUAAAGGUGGUGCGGCGGCAGCUGCUGCAAAGGUAUGAACACCAGCCAUUUGUCUCCUGUCUGGCCGGCCUCUACGGUUGCCAAUGGAGACGAUACCAGAGAGCCCGGGCGCAGCCAGGAGAGUGCUGCUGCAGCAAGGUGGAGUGUGGCAGUUUUGGCCUCCUGAUCCUCACCUUCUUCCUGAGUUUUUUAUUCCUCUAUUUCUGGAGUGAAGCUCAGAACGACUACAUCGACUUUGACUGGUUUAACUUUGGGACUCUGGGUUUCUGGUUUCCCUGGUCUCUGGUCCUGCUGGUCGUUGCUGCUGCUCUCUUCACAUACAUUGCCCUACUACUGGUGCUGGCAGUGUGUCUUCUUUCUGAGGGUCAGAGACUGUACCUUCACUGGAGCCACAAGACUGGCAUUGUGGUGACAUUGGCAUUCUCCGUCACAGCCACUGCCGUUUUGUCUGACCUCUGGAGCAAGGAAUGGAAGACUCUCCUUCUCUCCCUGCAAGUGACGGCACCUUUCCUCCAUGUGGCUGCUGUCUCACUAAUGGUGAUUCUCUCCUGGCCACUAGCGUUGCACUUCUUUCGCAUGAACAAGAAAGUGCGUCAGGUGGCUGUCCUGGGUCUCUUCCUGUCCGUGCUGUUCUCUCUCUACCUGGUACCUCUGGGAAUGUACUCACCCUGCAUUAAAGAGGCAGGAAUGCUUGGACCCGCCCCGACACUCAUCGGACACAGAGGAGCUCCAAUGCUUGCUCCAGAGAAUACUGUGAUGUCGUUUGAGAGGGCAGUGGAGGCUGGAGGAGAAGGACUAGAGACAGAUGUCACUAUCAGUUUUGAUGGUGUUCCUUUCCUGAUGCACGACUCCACUCUGAAGAGAACCACUAAUGUUGCUGAGGUUUUCCCAAAUCGAACACACAUCGAUGCGUCCAUGUUCACCUGGGCCGAGCUACAGCAGCUCAAUGCUGGCAACUGGUUUUUAUCGAGAGAUCCAUUUGGGACCGUGUCAUCCCUGUCUGAGGCAGACUGCUCCCAUGCCCAGAACCAGUCUGUACCCUCACUGGCCCAGUUCCUGAGGGUAGCGGCCCGCACCAAUAGACUUGUGCUGUUUGACCUGCGCCGGCCACCAAACGGACAUCCCUACAGUCAGUCAUACAUUAACACCACUCUGCAGGUGGUGCAGGCUCACAUCAACUCCUCACAGGUGCUGUGGCUGCCGUCUGAGGACAGGGAGUUGGUCCAGGCUAUGGAUCCAGAGCUGCAGCAGACCUCUGGAGAAAAGGCUUCUAUCCAGGAACUGACGGAUGGCCACAUCACCAGACUGAACCUGCACUACAGCACCAUGUCACAACAACAGUUUAGUAAGUACCAGUCAGUCAACAUCAGCACUAACCUGUAUGUGAUUAGCCAGCCGUGGCUCUACUCUCUGGCCUGGUGUGCUGGAGCCCAAUCCGUAACCACCAACUCCAUCCACAUCCUGUCCAAAAUCAACAAGCCACUCUUCCUCAUGACUCCAGAGGAAUAUAGUUUGAUGUGGAUUCUGACUGAUGCUGUGUCGGCCUUCCUCAUCACUGCAGUUUUCAUAUUCCAUUGGUGGAGAGAGAGAGGCCUGCCCUUCUGGUCCGGGAGCCGUCAGCCUCACGAGAAUGGACCAUACAGCAAAUUCAGGACAGAGCUGAGUGACGUGUGGUCCAUCUCCAGUGUCAAUGUUCGGCCUGACCUACGGAGCACACCAAACUCACCCAGUACCCCGCAUCUGCCCACUAUUACAGAGGAGUGACUGGGGGAAAGAGAGAGACAGACAGAGACAGACAGAGAGACAGAGAGAGACAAGAAAGGUACAGAUAAUGUCAGAUGAAAAAAAAAAAUACUUUGAAGUAUUAAAGCCCCUGUUAACUUGAUUUCAAAUCGAAGUAUUUGUCAGUAACAAUAAAUAUUCAUGACUAAAUAAGUCAGUGUUUCCCCUAUAUCCAUUUAGUAGUGGCACUGUGCUGCUGCUAAAUGAUAAGUGCUGCUGCUAUAUAAAAAUCUCCCCAUAAGCAACUAAGUCGCUCAAAUCAAGUGCCAAAAAAUUCAGUUCCUCAAAUGGCCACCUGAGGUUGGCUCCAGAGGCAGGUCGAUCCCCAUAGACCCCCAUGCUAAAAUGCCCAACUUUAAAGCAGAAAUAAACAUGUUUACAGCCUGGUACAAAUAACAUUUUUCAUCACUAUAGCUAAUUUCUGCGUUCAUGACAAUUGUACAGAAGGUCAAUUUUUAACUCGCCUGUUUACAUUUUCAGUUUACAGACUUAAAGUUAUGAACAUUUAGGAGCGGGUUUCUUUGACGGGCAGACUGUCUGCGAGGGGUCACCACAGUCUAAUCUACACCUCACUCCUCCACAGCUCCACCCUCUCAUUCGAAUUUGUUCACUUCUGCCUCUGUGACGUCACGGCAGCUACGUCCAUUGUUUUUUUCUAGUCUAUGGUUUUGAUGUCAUUACUCAGAAACCCCUUGAACUACUUGGAUAAAAUUUUAUGUAGGUAACUUGUUAUCUGUGUUUUAGUUGAUAAUAGUCAUUAAUUGUUUUUACAACUAAUAGAGUCACAAUAUUGAUCCAAACACUAGAUGUCAAAUGUUACGUCUGAAGAAACAAUUGUAACAGUAUGUGGGUUAUGAGAAGCAUUACAAUAAACAUAACUUCAGAUCUAUGACUGUGUACAAAUCAGCAUGUCAUCAGACAUGCUAAAUAUCUUCUAGUGGCGCAAAAUAAAACGUAUGAACUUCAGCAACUUCUGCUGGAAAAAAUACUAGGGGAAACACUGACUAUCAAAUAAGAUUUAAAAAAAAUUGUAGUUAUUUAUUUAACACUGAAACUCCAGAUGCAGUUUGCUCAGAUUUUUCUCAGAGUGCUGGCAAUGUACAGUAAACAAACAACCAGUGAGAACAGUUUAGCAAAACCCAGAAAUGCAGAAAUGACUCAUGUGAAAUAACCAGAACUGUUCUGUCUUUGGCAGACAAUUGUUAUACAGGAGCUCAUCUGUCAUAGUAAGAAGCUGAAUGAGAAAAAGUGUUUUCAUGGCCUUUAAAUAAAAGAGAAAAGGCAAUGCAGUCUUCAGAUAAGAGAACAGAACAGAGAAGCAUGGUCAGGUAAAGUAAGAGACAGCAGCCACUCUUGUCUUUCUCCACGUCUUCCCUCAUCCUCCCUCAGAAUGUGGGCUGACUGCCUGCAGGAACUGGACUGCUAAACCAAACCUCAAUCACUGAUCUGCCAUCAGGGACGGAGUAGACGGACUCUGGGCACGAGCACCAGAGCACCAGUGUCCAUUCCCAUACUGUAAUUUCAUAGAUGCCAUUAAACAGACUGGGCAGAGAGGACAGUUGAACACUAGCCCAGAGGCUGACAUGCUUGAACAUUUUCAUCAUUCAACGCCACCAGCUGAGCUCAACAACGCAAGAAACUAAACCUCACAAAAGAAAGAAGAAACCAAUGAAUAUGUACUGCUGUAGUAAUACAUGAGUCGCUUUCACUCUUUCUGUCUCGUGUUUCUAGUUGAUAAAAACCAAAUGUUUGUUAAAGGAGGAGCAGCAGAGAAGCUGGAGCAGAGGAUGAUGAUAAAAUGGACUCUUAUGGACAAGGAGCUACACUCUUCAUUUUCCGCUGUACAAAUUUCAGGUGCAUUAGACCAAACCUUAAAACAUGUCUUAAAUUUUAAUCUCUCUGUGUCUGUGAGUUGUUGGAUGUGGUGUAUGAACUGUACAGUGUUGGACUGACAGACUGAAUGUAAACCUGAAGCUUUAGAAGGUAUUGUUAAUUACUGUUUAUGUUUUGUACUAAAGUGAAUGUAAUAUCAAGCAGGGCCAUGUUUCCCAAAAGCAUAUGAGGAAUGUUUUGGCUGGGAGUCAUUCCCGUUUGACUUCAGAUUUGUGCCAAAUGUAGUAUCAGCUGCUAUAAAGAUAAAGAUGCUUUUGAGAAACCAGACCUUGUUACUCUUUUUAUGAGGCAGUAAAUACAGCAUCUGCUUUUCCUCAAAUAUACGCACACAGUACUUUUUGGAAGUAUGACUAUGUAGUCCAUUUGUGCUAUUUUGUCCUAACUUAAACUGAUUUUAGAUCUGAAAUCCAGAGUGUCUUGUCUCAACUUACAGGUUUGAAAUCCAUGAGGUAAGGGACCUUGAUUUUCUGAGCGGUUUUGCCAGUUUGCUGUACAGUGUUGAAGAUGAAGCAGGACGUGCUGCAGUAAGUGCCAUUAAAAAGACACUGGCUUUGUUUUCAUUGUUAAGAAUCAGAAUCAUUUUAUUCAUAAAGCACAGUCAAUGUAUUUAUUAGUUUAUUUAGAAAAUAUAAUAAUAGUGUCUGACAAAUCUCCUUGGAUGCACAUCCUUCUACUGCAAGCAAUUAGUAUAACAUGGUUCACAUUGAUGUAGUCUGACUCAAAGGAUCUGGACUGCAGCUUCAAGCCUGCCAUUGGCUGGCUGAUUUAGGCUGGCAUGUUUCCUUCCACCCGCUAUCUGCAUACUACUAUUUCCAAAUCCCUUUUGCUACAGGAAACAACAACAACAACCUCCAAGCUAACAGUCUCAGUGCUGAAAAUGGCACGUUUAGACAAAGAGAUGAAAGGUGUGAUAAGGCAUGCCCGCUUUGUUGUUUUGGUGAAUUGUUUUAAAGAAGGAAAAAAAAAAAAAACGCAUUGUUGACACAUUUUAAAAAAAGCCCAGACUCUGUCUCGCGAGACUUUCGUGCCCGAUAUUAAUCUGUUUUCUGACAUGGCCAGUUGAAGUUAAUUUUUACCCUGACAGCGGCAUGCGGCAGCCACAUUUACCUCACCAAUGUAUUGACUGUUUGACUUCACAAAAGCUUCUGUGAUAUUGUCAUAAUAAUGCUCUGCUAGAACCACAUACAGCUAGCAAAUCGUCUGUGGUUUUGAUGGGUCCAGUGCGUUCCUCCAGAGCUAAAUUAUAGUCAUGCUUCACCCUUUUAGGGUAUUGUAAAUCACUAAAAAAUGAAUUACACAGUGACAUACAUCUGUUCAUGUUUGUGUUUUCUUUUGCUCCAUUAUUUUAAUGAGAGUGCUUACCUGCUUAUAUGCAAACGUUUCACCAAAAGAAGUUUGCCCUGACAAGAUUUUGUAAGGGCACCGUCACAACAUACUGGGCUUAUUGCCACCCCAGAUGAUUUUGAUUGGUUUAAAAAAAAAUUUAAAACAAGUCAGAGCAUUUUUUUCCCAUCAUAGCAGAAUGAUAAUCAGUAAUUCCAGACCUUUCUCUGGUGCUGACUUGUACAGCGCUGUGGAGAUACGUCUGGCUAUGUGAGACUACAUUACAUUUAAACUGCAGUCUGUGGGAACAUGCUUUUACCUAACUAGCCUUUCAUUUAGUAUUCUGAGUAAUUUUUAGACUUUGAGAAAUUUUGGACAAGCUUAGCAUUUGGAAGGUUGGAUUUUGGCCAUUGAUCUCAAAUAGACUGGAAGUUGCCCCAUCUCUGUGUGUCCUGUACCACCCUUCAGUUUCAUGCUGGACUCACACAGGCCUGACUGGAGUGGUGCUGAAACAUUUCUGAAGACAGAUAAAUGUUGAGCUGCAAUCAGAAGUGAAUGACAACCUGUUAUGUGGUCAAUGCAUUUCUCAGUCUUGAAGUCAGAAAAAAAACAUCGCCUAUAUGAUCUAGACCACAGUUAGGGCAUUACAGUAUGGAAUCACAUGACAGUCUAAGACUACAAAUGCAACAAAGCAACGUAAUAUAUUGUAUUGUAUUGUUAAAUGAAUAAAUGGUAAGCACCUA